AUGAUAGACCAUGUCCUGGGUCGUCCUUCAAAUCAAUUCCGCAAGAUCCAAGUCCUAGCAGUUGUUUCCUUUUGGUCCUUCUACCUCUUCAGAGGGCACAAACAUGGACCGCCUACUAUACGAAAGCUCUCUCGAAGUCUGUCCGGCGUCAUUACACCAUGGCAGACACUUGUCGUAACCCUCCUCUAUCUCUACAUAGCCCGGAACCUAGGCAAACUCCUAGGUCUCGAAUGUCCCGAACCGCUCGCGAACCUCUACACCAGAUCAUACUUCCGGGCAACAUGGGUUACGACAGCCUUGGAUGCUGGGUUUUGGACAGCCAUGCGGAUACGAAGGAAGUGGUUGAGAGACAUAGCCAGUAUGGUCUUUACUGGGUAUUAUCUCAUCGCUGCUGAGCAGGCAGACGAGAAGGUCAGGAAAGUCAGAGGAGUGCUGACCGUGGAUCAUCUACGAGUCAGCUGGAACAAAAGCACAACUCCCUACCUGAAAGCCCUCCAAAGCCUCGUGCGGCCAAGAUUUAUGAAAUACCCUCCUCGAGCCAUUCGCAUACCGCGACCUCCGAAUAGCGAUUACAAAGAGCCUGUGAGCGGGUGGCUAUAUUUUGACGGUCCACUCUCGGCAUUGAAAAAUCACACGAAGAUUGUUUUGGAUAUUCCGGGAGGAGGAUAUAUUGCAAUGGACCCCAGGUGCCAUGAUGACAAGCUUUUUGCCUGGGCUGGGAAAACCGGCCUACCAGUCUUAAGUUUGGAUUACAAGAAAGCCCCGGAAUUCCCAUACCCAUACGCUCUGAACGAAUGUUUUGAUGUUUACUGUACCAUUGUCGCCAGCAAAGGUCGAUGUAUUGGACUUGCUGGAGAAGUGUCCCCAAAGAUAGUUAUUACUGGUGAUAGUGCAGGUGGAAAUCUUGCAACUGGCACUAUGUUGAUGAUUAUCGAGUCUGGGACUACCGAGACCAGAUCAUAUCAAGGAGAGGACCCUCUCCCGAUUCCGGAUGGGCUGGUCCUCGUAUACCCGGGUCUGGAUAUGAAUAUUGGGAAUUGGAUGAGCGAGGAGCAGAUGUCAUUAGUCAAAGACCGGCGAAUGCGGAGGACGAAUCGAAACAUUAUUCGGAGAAAGAGUAUGCAAUACAACAUGGCAGCUGGGACACCCCAUCAAUCAGACGAUGAAGAAAUCAACAGCCCACCAAACCCCACAACUUCAACCAUCGACACAACUCUCGCCGGCCCCAGCUCAAGCACCACUCCAGCUCCAGAAUCAUCCACAGUAGCAGAAUCCAGGCACGAGCAAAGGCCAUCUGCGUCCCACCACCUAGAACCACUCAAGACUCGCCUGGCAGUAUCAAGUAUGAUCUCCUACUUCAACGACCGCAUCCUAUCUCCAGAAAUGAUGCGCGCCAUGAUCAUCCUCUACAUCGGCCCGCACAACCGGCCAGACUUCACGCAAGAAUACCUCUUGUCCCCCGUUCUCGCUCCCGAUCACUUACUUGCGAAAUUUCCAAAGGCAUACUUCUUGACAGGCGAACGCGACCCGCUUGUCGAUGAUACUGUUAUCUUUGCUGGCCGACUACGUCGAGCAAAGGCAGCGCAGCAUGCUCGAGAGCAAGCAAACGAUGCUAGUCUAAAACACGAAUUUGAUGAUCUUGAUGUAGUGCAAGUCGUUCUCGUGCCGGGUAUAUCUCACGGAUUCCUCCAAUUUGUAGGCGUCUAUCCAGAAGGCUGGAAGUACAUAUUCCGCUGCGCCCGUUGGAUCGAACAUAUCUUUGAAGAAGUGUCACAUCCUCCGAAAAAGCCCAAUCACCAUUACAGAUCCCGUACCGAAAGCUCGGGAGACGAAGAUAUGGGGUUGGAGAUGUCAAUGACUAGCUCCACAAAACUCAGGACACAGAAAGUCGAGGAGCGAAAGAGGAAGGAGAGUUUAUUAAGGGAGCAAUUGAGGGAGAAACGAAGAGGGAUGGGGGAGAAGAAAAAGAGUAUGGUUAGUUUGGCUAGUGAAGAUGAUUUACUAGGACGUAGAAUGUUAGGGCUCGCGGGACCGUUGAUGGGGAGGGGGGAUGCAGAGUUGGAUGAUUGA